GGCUAAUAAGGAAAUUAGAGUUUUUGGUUGGUACAACUAGCAGGCUGUAAAAUCACGAAAUCUACCUCCAAUAAAUAAUUUUGAAGUUUAUUUGUGAAAUAUGUUAAACAAUCGAAUGGAUUUACAUGAUGGCAAAAUGUCGCAAGUUUGGAGAAAAUGACGAGGUGACUUGCUUAACAACAGUGGCUUGGGCAUUUGUGAUAUGAUAAUCACAAAAGACAAGUGUGUAAAAUGGACUGAAGUAAUUAGUUAGUUGCUAACUAUUGAGAUGUGCUACUAGCUGUACAUAUAAAACAUAUAUGACCAAUAAGCACUUUAAGUUGUCUUUGCCUACAAAUCACCAAUCUACAUGAACAUCAUGUACUAAGAAAUAAGUUGUUACUGUUUGCAUGCUCUGUCGUCACUUUAAGGUCAAUUCACCUCCACAUACAUUUGUUUUGCUAACCACACAUAAACAGAGCUGAUCAUGUCACUAGUAGAGCAGUCCCAAAAGUGGUUCCCGACUCAUGUCCAAGCCACUGUUCUUCAAGCAACUGACCUACAAGCUAAGAGUAAGAAUGGCACCAACGAUGCCUACACUAUCAUUCAGCUGGGAAAGGAGAAGUACUCGACAUCUGUGGCAGAGAAAACACUUAGCCCAGUGUGGAGAGAAGAAGCCUCCUUUGAGCUGCCAGGUCUGCUUCUGGAGGACAACCCAGAAAUCUACGAACUAUGCCUCAUCGUGAUGCACAGGUCCCUGGUGGGAAUGGAUAAAUUCCUGGGCCAGAGUACCAUCAAUCUCAAUGAGAUUUUUGAUAACAAGGAGAGAAGGAAAACUGACUGGUACUCUUUGGACUCCAGGCCAGGGAAAAAGAGGAAGGAGAGAGGGAAGAUCCAGGUCAGCAUCCAGUUCAUGAGGAACAACAUGACGGCCAGCAUGUUCGACCUUUCCGUAAAGGACAAGCCCCGCUCGCCCUUCACUAAACUCAAGGACAAGCUGAAGGGUCGCAAGCACGAUGGUGGCUUCUCCGACACCUCCUCAGCCAUCCUGCCCCGCUCCGCCAUGUGUGACUCGGAGACCCUUCGCCAGCCCAGUGCUCCGGACCAUCAGCACCAGCCAGAGCCCAAGAUCAAGAGACCCUUACUGGCCGGCUCCCAUAAGCUUUCCGCUGCCCACUCCAUGUCUGACCUCAUUGGCACCCACUUCCGCCCCAAGCUGGACUCUAUGAACUCAAUCGAGGAGCUGGAGAAAGGGAGUGGUGCCGCCCCUCACAGGCGCUCCCAGAGUGAGGUGCAAGGCUACCAGAACACAGAGGAACACUGUGACCCUUUUACUGAUAUCAGCGAUGGCCUGCCACAGAAGUACGCCACCCUUCCUCGCAACCGCAACCCAUUUGAGGUGGAGCAGGGCCAGCUGUGGGACCAAGGGGAGAAGAAGGAGAAGAAGGAGAAGGUCAGCCUACUUGAACGUGUGACUGGGAAGAAGGAGGGACGCAAGACCGACGGGGGCCGUUCGGGCAGCUCUGGAGACCUACGCUCGCCCAAUCCCUUCAACAGCGAGUCUCAGGGCGACAUCCAACCAACCAACCCCUUCAGCUCACACUACAAAGCAAGUGAUAAAAAGCCCACCAGCAAUGAAGACAUCCGGAAGGCGCGAGAGAAACAUGGCAAGAAAAAUGAGACAAAGCAGCCGAGCGUGGCCUCCUAUAGCAACUUGUCUUUUGACGAGGUGGUGCGCGAGCUCAUCAAGCAGAAGGAGGUGGUGAAAAAGAAGGACGCCCAUAUCCGUGAACUGGAAGACUACAUUGAUAACCUGCUGGUCCGCGUUAUGGAGGAUUCGCCGAGCAUCCUACGGACACCCUACGAGCCCAACAGGAAAGCGGGGAAAAUCUCAAAAAAGAAGUAGAGUCAAGGUAGAGGAAGGUCAAAAAUAGAGGCUUGUAGUAACAGUAAUGUCCCGUCCUAGCCAUUAAAAACAAAAUGUAUUGUGGGUAUGGAACAAAAAAUGAAGAGACGGGGGGGAUUGACCAAUGCCAAAUCAGUCGUUUUUGAUUUCUUUACAGUAACUGCAUUGAUGCAGCUUAUACUUUUUUUUAAAUAGGUUUUGUAUGCUGUGAUUUGAGUUUACACCAGUUCCCCCAGCAGAAUAUUAUUGUGGAGUGAAGUACAUCUGACGACAUAAAUAUUUCACUUGCAUUAUAACUAACCCCAUGGCUGUUCCAUUAUGAUCGGUCGACUAACCUCUUAAUCAGUUGCUCUGUUGAUCCACUCAUCCAUUUUAAUUUUGCAUGGCAUUCCUUUUGGUUUUUCAAAUUCUGGCGAAUUGAAAGAAUGGGAAAUUACAUAAUGUAUGUCACAAAUUCAUCCGAAUACCUUAGCAGAAACCAGUGGGAUUCAAAUGAGCUAUCACUGUGUUGACUAUGUUUACCAUUUAUUACGAGAUGUUGAAGAACAAACUAGUGGGGUUAUACCUAUGCCUGACUGUUUCCCCAAUGCUUUUAAUAGUGUAUCCAUGGCAUACACUAUUAAAGGCCUUGGGGAAACGGUCAGGGAUGGUAUAACCCCACUUGUGCACUUUCACACACGUAACAUGAAAAUCCCAGACAGCUUCUGUGGCGGUUGUUUGAACGUAGAACCACCAUCAAGCUAGAUUUAAGUUUUUAACACUAAGGCUAUCUAGAUUUAAUUAAAUAUUUAAAGGAUGCAUGUCAUCACCUCUCACAAAUCAGUUGUACUGAGAAAUUGCACGAUUAGAUUUUUUUUUUUUAUAAUGUCCUCGAGCUUCUAGUAAAGAGAGAAACAACUUCUCUGAUUUUUGACUGAACUAUGCCUCUUUUAGCCUCUCCAUGAGGCUAAAAUCUCUUGAUUAGGUUGCCUUACUUUACUGACUUUAUUGUCCCCAUGGAGAAGUUUUGUUGCAGUGUCAUGUACACGUUUAAAGUAGCGUUUAAAUGCAAAACAAAUUGACAAUACAACUUUCAUAACAGUUGCAUACCAAUAAAAAGAGACUAGCUUACUGGCCUUACUGGGUCGAUGGGAACAUUAGCCCGAGCUAUUUAGGAGGGAUAUCACACCUGGCACAAAUGAUUGUCUAGUUCUGUUUUUCCUGCCGAACGGUGCCCUAUACCUGCGCCCAGAAGGGAGUAGUUCAAAGUCGCUAGGUGUAGAACUAAGGUUACCGAACCCCAUUUAUAAUUGCUAACUGACUGGAGAAGUUUUGUUUAAAGCCCCGGUGCUCAUUCUGAACGUUUAAAUGCAUCGCUUGCAGUACGUUUUUUUGAAACAUAAACAUCUUUCAUAUCAGUGAGAAAUUAUUUUCAAAAAAUGCAAUGUUUAUAGGGUUAGGGUUCCCACACAGCCGUAUUUCCAUGUUGCAGUGCUUUUUUUAACGGAAAACAGAGGCGUACCUGUGCUAAUUACAUAUCUACCUGUGAGUAAACGGAAGAUGGACGCCACAAAAGAGUUGUCACUGAAAAUGUGUUAAAACACUGAACAGUAAGUGUAUAUUUUGCAUUUAUACAAUUAUUUUGAUGUGAUAAGGAAGAAGAGGGUUUUAUGUUUCUAGAACCGUACCAAAAUUGAAAAUCGAUUCACGUUGAGAAGUAUUUGGCUGUUUUGGCUACCAGAGCUAAUUUGCUAACAGAACAUGUAAGGUCUUUGGGACUACAAGGAGUAAAGUUAGUCCAUUAUUGGGCUACAGUUGCUAUAGUAUUUUAAUAAAAGGGUCUACUUUUUAAUUUGAUUGCGUGCCUCACUUUUCAAACAAAAAAAAAAUGUCUCCGUUAAACAGUUAAUUAAAUGUAUAUGGCCUAAGUGUUGAAACGUAUCCAAACAAUUGUUAAAAAACCAAAAGGUCAUGGUCUAGGGGUGUGGAUGAGUGUAUCUGUGUGGGUGUGCGCGUGAAUAAGUGCGUGGUGCAGAGACUCCAUGCAGGUGGUCAGUCCAAAUCAAGUGUUCCGGAUAUUUAAAAUGUAACUAGGCAAGUCAGUUAAAAACAAACAAUUCUUAUUUACAAUGAUGGCCAAACCCGGAUGACGCUGGGACAAUUGUGUGCCGCCCUAUGGGACUCCCAAUCACGGCCGGUUGUGAUACAGCCUGAAAUCAAACCAGGGUCUGUAGUGACGCCUCUAGCACUGAGAUGCAGUGCCUUCGACCGCUGCGCCACAUAGAAGCCAAAAUAAUGCCGCCCUAUUUAGAAAUUGUCUCUGAGACUGUUAUCAGACCUCAUGCUCCAAUACCGCCUCCCCGACGGUGAAGGGGUGAACCACUCGUGUGUGGGGUCCUUGAUGAUGCUGCAGGCCUUCCUCAAGCACCGGUUCGAGUAGAUGACCAGGAUGGGCGGGAGCACGGUCCCAGUGAUGUACUAAUAACCAGCUGAGCUAGCAAACAAUGUAACAAAAGUAGUUUUUCGGAAUCAAAAAAAUAUACCAACAGUCUCUGUGUUUCAGGAAUCACAGAAGCAAGCUCUCCUGGUGCACUGUUCAAUCAUUUAGCCAUUUAAACAUUUUGGUUUUGGAUAAACUCACUUUUUGCAAUGCCCUCAAUGGCUUCCAUGCUUUAAAACAUGAGCUUGUCCGAGGGGUCGGUCUUGACCCCUUGACAACACUUUCUAUCCAUUGGAGUGCUUUGAUUGAUUGCCCCAUUCUGCGGUCGGGCUUAGUGAAGGGUCAAUUGAAUAGGGUUUGCAAUUUUUAAUAGGUCUGACAUGAAAGCGUGAACCAACAUAUAACCAUAACAAAUAUGGCCGCUUGAUGCGGUAUUCAGAUGCUCUUAUAAUGUGAAUGUAGUCAAGUAUAUGUUUACCAGAUGCUCCAGAGGCAGUCGUGUUCUUUUGGCAGUGGUCAAGUGGUACUGCAGAGCAUUUAAUGACUGUGUUUACACUUCAGACCAAGACGCAGGAUUAUGACACAAACUCUACACUCUGCCAAUCAGCCCGGCACUGCACUUACUGCAAUACAAGAUUGUGUUGAUAUACUGAUAUGCAGGUAUGAACAUACUGUUGUUGCCUGUCUGUGACUGAUGUGAGCUUUUUGGCAUUAGAAUGGUUUGAACCUACAGUAUCUGUUGACAUUUGCCAUCUUAGUACAAAAAUAUCUUAGUACAAAAAUAUAUUAUUUAAAGGUACUCUUAUGAGGCUAGGUACUACUGAUUUUUUUUUUUUUUUUUUUUUACUCAAGGCAUUCAUUUCCAAACACGCAUCCAAAAACAAUGU